GCCGGGCGUCCUGCCCGCCGUGACGCUGCACAUCGCACCCGGCACCGCCACCGGGGCCCGCGGCCAUGGCGGGCGUGAAGGUGAUCGCCAACGACACCGAGUUCCAGCCCGAGCUGAGCGCCGCCGGCUCCCGCCUGGCCGUAGUGAAGUUCACCAUGAGGGGGUGUGGCCCUUGCUUGAGGAUCGCGCCCGCCUUCAACGCCCUGAGCAACAAAUACCCGCAGGCGACGUUCCUGGAGGUGGACGUGCACCAGUGCCAGGGCACGGCUGCCACCAACAACAUCUCGGCCACCCCCACGUUCCUGUUCUUCCGGAACAAAGUGCGCAUCGACCAGUACCAGGGAGCAGAUGCCGUGGGCUUGGAAGACAAAAUCAAACAGCACCUGGAGAACGACCCCGGCAACAGCGAAGACACGGACAUCCCCAAAGGAUACAUGGACCUGCUGCCCUUCAUUAACAAGGCCGGCUGCGAGUGCCUCAACGAGAGCGACGAGCACGGCUUCGAGAACUGCCUGCGCAAGGAUUCCUCCUACCUGGAGUCCGACUGCGACGAGCAGCUCCUUAUCACGGUAGCUUUUAGUCAGCCUGUCAAGCUUUACUCCAUGAAACUUCAGGGGCCAGACAAUGGGCAAGGGCCAAAAUACAUCAAGAUCUUCAUCAACCUCCCGCGCUCGAUGGACUUCGAGGAGGCAGAGCGCAGCGAACCCACCCAGGCCCUGGAGCUGGGCCCGGAGGACAUCAAGGAGGAUGGGAUCAUCCAGCUCCGCUAUGUCAAAUUCCAGAACGUCAACAGCGUC